AAUGGAGGUGUUUAAGAGUUUGAUAUUUUUGCUGUCUUUUCAGCUCCUGCAUGUGGCAAAAAGUUCUAUGGUAUGGCUAAAUAAGAACGGCUAUGAGGAUUUGGUUGUUGCAAUUAAUCCCCAGGUGCCAGAAGAUGCCAACAUCAUCCUGAACACGAUGAACAUGAUUAAAAAUGCUUCUAAUUACUUGUUUGAAAUGACAAAACAUCGAUUUUUCUUCAAGUCUGUAAAAAUUAUAAUUCCUAAAACGUGGAAGAAUAACACGAACUAUUCAAGAUUAAAAACAGAAUCAUAUGAUAAGGCAGAUGUCAUCAUAGCAGACCCUUAUAUGACACAUGUAGAUGAUCCUUAUACCUUACAUUAUAGAGGAUGUAAGGAGAAAGGACAGUACAUCCAUUUCACACCUAACUUCCUGUUAAAUGACAAUUUGACUAAUGUUUAUGGAGAAAAAGGUCGAGUUUUUGUCCACGAAUGGGCUCACUUUCGGUGGGGGGUGUUUGAUGAAUAUAGUAGUGACAUGCCUUUUUAUGUGUCUAGAAAUUCUGAAGAAGCAAGUGUUGAAGCAACAAGCUGUCCAGCUGGUGUGACUGGUAUACCUGUUUUCCAAGACUGCAGCGGAGACAAGUGUGAGCCAAGAAUCUGUAGAUAUGAUGGUCAGCUAUUUGAAAAAGGAUGUACAUUUAUUCCAGAUAUACAACAAAAUAUGUCAUUUUCUGUUAUGUAUUUGCAAUUACCUUCUGUGGUUGAAUUUUGUGACAAAAACACUCACAAUAGUGAGGCUCCAAAUAUGCAGAAUAAGAUAUGCGACCACAAAAGCACGUGGGAAGUAAUUAUGGAAUCUGAUGACUUUCGCAACUCGGUUGUUAUAAAUGCUUCUGCACCCCCCUCUGAGACUACCUUCACACUACUGCAGACCCAAACCAGAGCAGUCGCCUUAGUGCUUGAUGUUUCCGGGAGCAUGUCAAUGCAUGACCGCCUCAGACAUCUCCGUAGUGCUGCAGAGGUAUUUCUGCUCCAUAUUAUUGAAAUUGGUUCCUGGGUUGGAAUUGUCACAUUUGACUCUGAUGCAUCUGAAAAAGCUCCUUUGCAACAAAUAACCAAUGACACAGCACGCCAAAAACUUGUUCAAUGUUUGCCUACAAUUGCUAGUGGACAAACCAAUAUCUGUGCAGGCAUACGUAAAGGAUUUAAGUUAAUUGCAGAAAAAAUGACUACUACAUGUGGUUCAGAAAUUGUGUUACUGACAGAUGGAGAGGACCCACGUAUAGCAACUUGCCUUGAUGUGGUGAAACAAAGUGCAGCAACAAUUCACACCAUUGCAUUGGGGCCAUUGGCAUCCAAAGAAUUAGAAAGAUUUUCAAAACUAACAGGAGGUUUAAAUCUUUAUGCUGUAGAUGGAGCCGUCCCCAGUAAAUUAAUUGAGACAUUCAGUGCAAUUACAUCAAGAAGCGGAGAUAUUUGUGAACAAUCUAUUCAGCUUGAAAGCAAAGACCUAGUUGUUCAGCAUUCUGGAUGGAUGAAUACUACUGUGCCUGUGGACAAAACUGUGGGAAAUGACACUUUCUUCCAUAUUGCAUGGAGUCUAUCUCGGCCAUUUUUUUUCCUGAGGGACCCCAAAGGAAAAGAAUAUGGAAGUUCAGACUUUACAACCAGUAAUUCAAACCCAAACACAGCCAGACUCAGUAUAAGUGGCACUGCAGAGGUGGGUGAUUGGGAGUUUUGUAUUAAAAAUGUUCAUACAGCAACUCAAACUAUAUCAGUAACAGCUACCUCUCGACCAGCAUAUUCUGAUGUUCCUCCUGUGAGAAUUGCAGCUCACAUGAACAGGGCAAAUAAAGCAUUUAAUCCAGUUGUUGUUUAUGCAGAGGUUAGCCAAGGGUUUUUGCCUGUUCUUGGUGCAACUGUGAUAGCCACCAUAGAGAAGGAUGGUGCUGGAGCAGUAACACUUGAACUUCUUGAUAAUGGCACAGGCGCUGACACGAUGAAGGAUGAUGGAAUCUACUCAAGGUACUUUACUUCUUUACAAGGCACUGGAAGAUACAGACUAAAAGUGAAUGCCCAUGGGAGAAAUAUAACUACCAGACUUAGCCUCAAGCAAAAUCGAGCCGUGUAUAUACCAGGCUACAGAGUAAAUGGUAAAAUUCAUAUGAAUGCACCAAGACCUAAAUUUGCUGAUAAAGAAAUCCAAGUCAAGCUGGGAAGUUUCAGCAGAAUUUCAACAAGUUCUCUUGUAGUUAAUACAGCAGGAGAUUCUGCUCCUAUUUAUCCACCCUGUAAAGUUACAGACCUUCAUGCUCGUAUAGAAAACAAAACAAUAGUCUUGUCUUGGACAGCUCCAGGAGGGGACUUUGACAAUGGAAAAGCUGAUCACUAUAUAAUAAAAAGUAGUAAAAAUCUUCUGGACCUAAGAAAUCAUUUUGAUCGUGCUACUUCUCUGAAUUCCUCUAAUCUCAUACCUAAGGAGGCUGGUAGAGAAGAAUCAUUUAAAAUAAACCCAGAAAAUUUCAUAAUAGAAAAUGACACCAUAAUCUACUUUGCUAUACGUGCUGUUGAUGAUACCAACUUGAUUUCAGAGGUGUCUAAUAUAGCACAAGCCACAUGGUUCAUUCCUCCAAAAGCACUUGCACCUUUAGAUGAUGACGGCGACAAUGGUGGUGCUAACAGUACAGUAAUAGUGGCAAUAGUAGGUCUGUGUGUAGUAGUUGUCUGUACUAUCGUAAGUUCAACUCUGUGUGUUUUGCAAAAACAAAAGAGAAGACUGGAGAUUGAAAAAAUGCAAAAGCAUGUGUAA